AUGACUUCUCGUACUGUUGAUAUCGCCUUUAGCAAGUCUGAAAGUCAGCACGGAAGAUGGCUUGCUUGGGCUAUAAACCCAACAUCUACAGGGAUGACCGGCUCCCAGUAUAUCGCCUUUACGGUUCAUAAUGUUUCAGCCCAGUAUAUCAAUGGACAAGUCAUUAUCUUUGCGAGGUUUGAGGUACCUAUGAAUGGAAGCAAUGUUGUGAAUCAUGUUUGGCAAGAAGGAGGACUACAAGAUGAUGAUACACCAGGAAGUCAUGGCAUGUCUAAGAUAAAGAUAGUACAUGGUGUUAUCAAUGCGGUUAGUUGGGGAAUGAUGAUGCCACUAGGUGUUGUUCUUGCUAGAUUGAGAUAUCUACCAUUACAAGAGUACUAUUCAGCUUUGUGGUUCAAUCUACAUAUUUAUUGUCAAAGUAUAGCUUAUUUUCUUGGUAUUGCUGGUGGAGGUUUGGGAUUUUAUCUUGGGAGACAAUCUUCUUCAGUUAAACAACACUCUUGUCAUAGGUACAUUGGUGCUGCACUCUUAAUGCUUGCAACAUUUCAAGUGUUAGCUCAUCGUUUACGGCCAUCAAAGGAACACAAAUACAGGGUGUAUUGGAAUAUUUAUCACUGGUGCACUGGUUAUGGUACUAUUAUAAUGGGAAUUCUCAAUUGUUUCAAAGGUUUCCAGAUGACGGAUGUCGGGAUUUGGAAGAAUGCUUACAUUGCUUUUCUUGCUUCGUUGUCCUUUGUUGCUGUUGUUCUGGAAGUUUGCAGAUGCUACCUCACCGCUAACAAAGGAACAGCUACACCAGAAGGAGUUUCUGCAAACAGUAUAGAAGACAAGGCAUAG